GACAGGGUGCCCAGAAGGCCUGGGCUACAAACCAGAGGAGGAAAGGGGGGUGAAGGGCAUCAGAGGAGAGAGCCAAGAAGACUGAAGAGCAUUGCAGAGAAGCAGGUGCCAGGGAUCACAUGCAGGGGUGGAUGGGGAGGGGGUUGAUACCAAUUGAGCAGCCAGCCCCUGCCCUGCCUGCCCCCAGGCCUUGUGGCCUUCAGCCCGAGGAGCAGCCUGUUCCCAGCCUCCACUGCUUGGGGCUCAGAGUAGGGAAGAGCUGAGGGACCCAUGCUGCCCAUGGAUUGCCAGCUAGCUGGACCCCAGCCAGAGGAGGGGGAGGGAAACAUUGUCCUCCAGCCAAUGGCAAGAGAUCCUCCUCUCUCCUGCUCUUCCCUUCUUCCCCCCACCCCAAUGGCUCAGGGCUGCUGAAGCUUCUACACCCAUGAAGCUAGGAGCCACAGUCAGGAAAAAGGUGCUAAAGAUGAUUAGUGUGGCAUUCCUUGGCAAAGGAGCAGUGAGCCAAUUCUCCCUCCCCACCUCCUUUUCUUGCCUUUCCUCCUCCUUCCCCUCCCUCCUCCUUCCCCUCCCUCCUCCUUCCUCUGUCCUCCCCCUCUUCCCCCUCUUCCUCCUUCCCUCUACCCCCUUUGAUUUGCAGUCACAGGAUGCCUAAAGUAAAUGCAAAGGAAAGAGCCAAUGGCCAGAGCACUCUGUUGGGAAGGUAGGGGAGCGAGGGGUGAGAAGGCAGGAGCAAGAGAGGCCUGUGCAGGACAGGAGGCUCAGGUUGUUGUUUUGUAAGGGAGAUGGUGGUACCCUCAGUGCCCUGGAACUUUGACCCAUCUACGUCUCUCUUCGGGACCCAGAUGAGGAAGAGCUUCUUUUUUCCCCCCUUGAUUUCCUCUCCUCCCAGAAGCUUGGGGAAGAGGCCAGGCCUACAGAUGAGGAAACUGUAUGUAGCCCAGGGAAAUGAGAGCAGAGCCCCAUGGCUGAUCACUAGCACUUGUCCUGCUCCUUAGCAUGGGGGCUCUAUGCAGAUUAUUUAACCUCCUCUAUAAAAUGUCUGUAGCUAUCAGUCCACAAGUCACUGAACACCGUUGCCUCAGUUUGCUCCUCUGUAAAAUGGGCUGGAGAAGGAAAGGACAAACCACUGUAGCAUCUUUGCCAGAAACCCCCAAAGGGCAAAGAAUGGGACACAACUGCCACGACUGCACAGCCCCAAGGAGAAUGGGUUCCUAAACACUGAAGUGCCUACUGUGUGUGGGGCACUGGUUGGGGGGGGGGGCACACAGACAGGCUGAAAGAGCCAUUCCAUGGGGCAGAUCCAAGCACCUCCAGGACUCUGGUAGCAGCACUUCAAUACGGAAAAGCAAAUCAAGGCACAUGGACCCAAGGUAGACAAGAGCAAUGGGGGAGGCAGGGCAGGUGCUCCUGGAGCUGCUUCAUUAAAGAAGCAGCGGGUCCUCGGUGCCCUGGUCAGGGAAAUUGCGGGUUGGAGGAGGGUCUCUGAGGCCCUGCUACUGUCCAGCUCAGUCCUGCGACUGGAGGCUGCGAGUGUGCGGGGAAGAGCGAGGGGAGCCGCCCGGAUCUCGGAGCUCUUUCUUGCCUCUAGUAUGGAGACUAGGUGGGGCGCGGAAGCCCUCGGCAUCUCCCUGGUGACAAUGGGCGCCGGGCUCGCGAGCCGCAGGGAGACACGCAGACGCGGACACACACGCGUACUCGCACAGGUACUCGCACACGCCCGCCGCAGGGCGAUCGAGUUGAGCGAGGAGGGAGCGAGCGCGGACCUGCAGGAGGCGGACGUUGGCCCAGCGCGUCGGGAGCGGGUCUAAGCGGGGAGGAUGCUGAGGGGAGGAGCGCUCCUUUGCUUCUUGCUGCUGUUGCCGCCGCGGCUGCUGCCCCUCCACAGAAGCUCCCCCAGCAUUGCGCCUGUUGCUUCAGCUCCAGCCCGUCGGGCCUCCAGGCAGAGCCUCCAGCGGCGCCUCCAAGUUCUCCUUUUGCCCUCCCGUGGGUCCCACCGGGGCCCCGAUUUCCCCCCGAACCCUCGCCCAGGGCCCAAUUUGGGGUUCCCUUUAGGCCAGGACCCUGAGCCUGACCCUGUAGCGGCCUCAGAUUGUGGCUCCAAAUGGGACCUGGCUCUAGGCUCCAAGCCAGCUCCAGGCCCAGGUUGCCAGGGUGCCCUCUGCCCUCCCCUCCCUCCCCAGUUCAAACCCAGAUCAGGUCCCAGCUCUGUUCCUGGGAGGCCAGCAGAGGCUGCCUUGCUUCAUAUUCUCAGUGCAAGUUCCCUUCCCCUUUCCCAGAGGUCCUCUGGGGCCCUCCACCUCUCUUGGGGCCUCCAGCCCAGCGGGUCCAAGCUGACCUUCAGGCUGUACCAGCCCCAGGGCCAAGACCACCACCAGGUCUGGAAGGUGACCUGCAACCCUUAUCUUGGGGCUGGUGGUGGCCUCUUCUGUAGCCCUGGCCCUAGCCCUGACCUAGGAGCCCCUAAGUGGACACUGGCCCACCUCCUCUUGCCAGGCCGAGGCUGGGCCUGGGGCUCCCGCCAGGUCAUUGGGCCAGCCCUGGAGGGAGACCUGCACCUGGUCAACAGCACCCUAGGCAUCCGAGCCAGGGGCAGCACUCUGAGCCUGAAUCUCCGACAGGCCCAGACAGGCUCCCAUGGACAUGGCAUCUAUUACUCCAGGGCAGCCCCAGGCCAUGGCAGGGCUUGGCAGGCCCAGACCCAUCUCCUUUUCUAUCAGCAGCAAGGCCUGUCCUGGCUGUUUGCCUUGGAUCGCUGGGACCGUCUGAGUGUGCAUCUCUCUCUCAGCCCCAAAGGGGUGGCCUUCUUUGGGUGCAGGCCCCCCAGAGACCUGGAAGUCCACUUCUUCAGCAGCAGCCCCUUGAAGGCCAAUGGGCUCUUCUACCUGCUCUGGUUCAUCCCCUUACAGCAUCCUCUCCUGCGUCCCCAGUGGACUUUUCACCUCCAGCUCCCUGGGACCAGCCUUGGGCUCAACCGGACAUACACGUACCAGGAUCGAAUCCCCAGAGCCUCCCGCUUCAUCCAGCGCUCGGUCUUGCCAUUCCGCCCUGACGGCUAUGCAGGCUUCGUGGAGAAAGCCAACUGCGCCACCAGCAGCCUGGAGCCAGUCAUCUUAGAAGCCUCCUUGGACAAGUAUGGUUCCAAAGUGCUCAGGACCCCCGUAGCAUGUGUUCAGAACCCCUGCUACAUCAAGAGGAUGAAAAUCCUGUUGAAUGCCCCUAUUGAGAGAGGCCUGAUUGCGCCGCAUUAUGAUAAUAGUGUUCUUGUAGAGGUCAUCUGUUCUGUCCCCUACAACAGCUCCCACCACUGGUCUGUCUUUAAAUUACCAUCGGAUACAGAUCCCAAGCCAUCAAAGGAAAAUAUUGUAACAGGCCAAAAAAGCACCUUUUCCGUUCCAUCGACUAUCUUGAAACCGGGCACAUACCGUUUGAAUUACACACUGACCAUCACCACUUCUGAGCAGGUGGCAACAAGUUCUACGUUUAGAGAUUUUACUGUUAGUCCACCAAUCCUUUAUGCCUAUAUUGAAGGAGGGCCUGCCCGCUCUGUCCCUUUCAAUAAGCGUUGGACUUUGGAUGGGUCACGCUCCCGCAACGUUUGGUAUUACACGGAUCCUAAAAUCAUGAAGUACCGCUGGUACUGUACCACCAACUAUACCUACUUCAUAAUUGGGAACCUCCCUGCCUCAAGCCGAGAUAGCUGCCUUCCUAAGCUGCCAGAUGUGCGUUGGUUUAAAGCAACGAGUCCUGUGGUCACCGUGUCACCAGGAACACUCCGGGGCAACCGGACUUAUUAUUUCAUCCUGGUGGUUUCAUUGUUUAGCAAUCGAGCAUAUGCAUAUCAGAAUGUCACUGUGGAGCCUGGCCCUCCACCGAAAAUGAAGUUCUCCUGUAUUGAAAAUUGUGGAAAGCUCUUAGUUGUACCAGAUCGCCUUUCCUUGUCUAGCAAAUGCUUAGACUGUGGGGCCAGGCCUAUGAAGUAUUUGUGGUCACUCAUGGACUCCACAAAGACAGAGAUUCCUUUUAAUUGGACACACUGGAGCACUACUGGAAGAACCAGUACUUACCUGACAAUUAAAGCUUUUGCUUUUAAGGAUUUUCAAGACAAGAUGUGUUCUGCUAUUCUGCAUGCAUCAGGAUGGGGUGGGAACUUCUUAGUGGCUAACCAUUCCUUUUAUGUCAAUUCUCCACCUCGCAAUGGUUACUGUGACAUUCACCCCAACAAAGGCGUUGCCCUGUUCACCAAAUUUGUCGUCCGCUGUAGCGGCUUUAUAGAUGAGAACUUACCUCUGCAUUUUAAAGUCAUAGCUUCGAAUUUCUGGGGUGUGGAUAAUAGCAGUACUGUAGCUGACAAUACUCUGGGGACUGUGAUGUACUUUGGGCUUGAAUCUGUGACUCCUCCUUCCUUUCUUCCUAUUGGGAUGCCAGUCAAUCACUACAUGGUGAGGGUAUAUGCUCAGGUCUACGAUUUUCUUGGGGCCUUCUCCCAAGUGACCCUGCAUGCCACUGUGACUUCUCCCCAGGACAGAGCCUCCCCAAAUACCGUGUUGAAUUACUUGUUAAGCCUCACCCAGAACACAACUGGUACGAUGAUGACCACUCUGUUUCAGAAAGGAGACUUUGUCCAAGCAGGUUAUCUUGCCUAUCUGGCGGUUUCCCUUUUAAAUGAUGUGACACCUCCACCCAACUUACAAGCACAAUACUCUGAAAUCCAACAUCACCUCUUGAACGUUUGCCGCCACCUACCCACCACGACCUUGGAGGAGAUUAACCAAGUGACAGUAAUGAUUAUGGGACUCACCAAGAAAGGCUCUGGCUUGACUGCAGAGGGCCAGAAGGCGGCCACCAGCAGGCUAAUAGAAAUAAACUUGGCACUACAGAGAUUGAAGGAAAAGGAAAAAGAAUUCCUUUCUGAACAAAUACAAAUAGUGAGUACUAGCAUCUUGUCCUGUUUGUCUAAUAUCCUCAAAAGUGAGAUUAAUGAGGAUAUGAUUAAUGAGACUCUCCAUGUCAUAGAACUGCUAGCAAGUACAGUUUUAGCUGUUAAAUCCCCUGGGGAGAUGGAGACGGUCGUAACAUCCCCACACCUCAGAAUAAGUGUCUGGAAAGAUGAAAAGCGUAAUGUCAACGAUGCCUUCUUAGCCCAAAAAGACUGCCAAAAUUGCUUUUACCCAACGUUGAGAAAAAAUGACUCUGAGUACUUGGCCAGAGGUGGUCCCAUUUCUACUGCAUUUUAUGAGUUCAAGCAAGAGCUUUCGACAAGUGAAGAUACAGGCCUCUCUACUGAUGUGGUGGGCUUCCAGAUGAGUGAGAUCAAAGAGAAUGGGAACAUCCAGGAGGUCAUCCCAGAUCUUGUGGAAGUCUUUCUCCUCAGGAAAAACUUGUCAGGGGCUGCCUUUAACAUCACUAUGGGACCAGAUAAAGACCUCCCUGAAACAACCUCAGGAGUCUUCACUUUUCUGGUGUUUGGAACCGAUGAAGAGGUCCUUAUCCAGAUCAUCACAGAAGUAAAGGUCAUGUUCAAGGCUUUCAUCUAUGAGGGAAGCAAUGUCACCCAUAGCCUCCCGAUUGCUUCCUUCUUGGUUCCCCCUGACAUGCCAACAGUGGCAAAUGAGAGUAAGCUCUUUGACCCUACCUGCAAAGUCAAGUUCAAGGUCCCUCGCCUCAUUUGCCUCAGUCAAUCCCUGCUUGAGGCCACAGUCCAAGACUACUUUGCCUCCAACUGGAGCAUCUCUGUGGUAUUACAGACUCCCCCUAUUGUCAUGGUGCCAAGUGAUCAACUGGUGAAUAUUUCCAUUUUCCUGGCAGAGUGUCUGAAAAUGGAAGGGAAUGAGAAAGAGUGGGACAAGGAGGACUGCAAGGUGGGGGACAAAAGCAGCUGGUGGAGAAUCCAUUGCAUCUGUGAGAUCAAGUCCAAGCCCAUGAAUGAAAGCAAGCCUGGAGAGUCAUGGAAACGCCUAUCCAGAAUCAAAUACCUGUCUGCCCGAAUGAUUGUGAUCCCUAACAGCAUUGACCUGCGAAUGGAAAUCCUCAAGACCAUUCCGCAAAACCCAGUGGCCGUCUUUACUGUGGUCCUCAUCAUUUUCACCUACCUAGUCCUGGCUUUCUGGGCCAUGCACAAAGAUGAAACAGACAGGAUUCGCCGGGAACAUGUGAUCCUCCUUCCUGACAAUGACCCUUACGAUCACAUCUGCUACCUGGUGACCUUCUACACGGGGAGCCGCCUGGGUGCUGGGACCAAGGCCGAUGUCUUUGUCCAGCUCCUGGGGACAGAUGCCUCUAGUGAUGUGCACUGCCUGAGUCACCCCAACUUUACCACUUUCUAUAGGGGCAGCACUGACUCUUUCCUACUGACAACUAGAAGUGACCUGGGGAACCUCCGGGCCAUCCGGGUGUGGCACAACAAUGAAGGCAGCGAUCCCAGCUGGUACCUGAGCAGAGUUAAGAUCGAGAACAUCUUCAACAGGAACAUCUGGCUCUUCUUGUGCAGGUCGUGGCUCUCCAUCAACAAAUCAUUGGAGCAGACCUUUCCAGUGGCUGACAAGGGGCAGCCCAUGAACAAGAAGGACUACUUCCAAAUCUUUGCCUCAGACAACCUGGGCACCAGACACCUCUGGCUGUCUGUCUUUUCCAGUGUGGUCACGGGGCCAUUCAACCGGCUCCAGCGGCUGUCCUGCUGCCUGACUCUGCUCAUGAACACACUGUUGUGUAACAUCAUGUUCUUCAACGUGGAGAAGGAAGUGGAGGUCUCUCCCAUGGAACUGAAGUUCCUGCGAACAAUAAUGAGGGGGAUCGAGAGUGCGCUGAUCUGUGAACCCAUGCAGAUCCUCCUUGUUUCCCUUUUCACCUACUCCCACAGGAAGGUCAAGCCAGUGGCUAUUACCCAGGUAGCUCCCCAUGUUCACCCCUUCAUGAAGUCUCCCUUCCAAAACUGGAAAGAGCGCCUAGAAAUGUGGUACAGCCUCGAGACAGCCCACAAGCAGGCUCCGGGUCGCAGCUUCCUCAGAAAAAUGCAGGCCCAGGGGAGCAACGUUACAAUUCCUGAGGCAGUAGCCAAUGCUAUCACAGAAACUGAGGAGAAGCCCCCCAACUCUGAAGCUUUCCUGGAGAAGAACAUGACUAACACAAAGCCUGUUGAUGUAGCAAUAAGCAGGGAGGAGCAGACUUCUGAAGAGUCCUUGAGUUCAUCAGCCUCCUUGGUAAGAAGAAGCGAUGCAGCAAAGGAGGACCAAGGAGCAGAGCCUGCUUCAGAAGAGUCCCCACAAAAGAGUCCCAAGAAAGUGCUGCUUUUUGAAGCUAAGCCUCGGUUUUUCUUCCACUGGUGGUGCAUCUAUGUGGCUUGGCUCUUGGUCAUCGGCAGUUCUGGUGUGUCCUCCUUUUUCAUCAUCAUGUAUGGUUUAACAUAUGGAUAUGAGAAAUCAAUGGACUGGCUUAUUAGUUCCAUGACUUCCCUGACUGAGUCGAUAUUUAUCAUCCAGGUAGCCAAGAUACUGCUUGUGUCCGGGAUCAGGUCAGGUAGGGCCACGUAUUGUAAGAACAUACCAUGGGCCUCGAGGUAUAAUUACCUUGAGAUCCGACUUCAGGAGCUUGAGUUAAAUGCUGAUGAUUCAAGAGAGCUGCACUAUGAAAUCAUCCGGAUACGAGGCACGAGGAUGUACCAACCGUUAGUCCAGGAUGAGAUCAGAAUAUUCCGAAGAAGGAAGAAAAUUAGGGACAGGGCCCUCAUAUUUUUGAAGAAUAUCAUCAGCCAUUUAAUCUUUCUCACUCUCUUGUUCUGCAUCAUCUCCUUAGCUAGGCCCUCCCACAGCUUCCACCAUAACCAAGCCAUGCAGAAUCAGUUCUCCUUGAAACUCACCACGAUCACCAAACUGGAUGACAUCUACAGGUGGCUCACUGGGGUCUGGUUGCCCUUGAUCCACAAUGAUGAGAACCCAACUUUUAUCUCUAACAGCUGGUCCAAGAUUCUUGGCUCUCCCAAGAUGAGACAAGUGAGGGCCAAGUCCAUCAAAAGAGAGUGUUUCCUCUCUGGCACCAUGGUUGAUAAGUUAAUGAAAAAAGGCAUCCACUGCCACAGCCAGUACAGUCAGGUCAUGGAGGAUCAGAAAAAUUAUGGCAGAUUGUGGAGCACCCGCAGUAAAUUUUCUGUGGAUCCAAGGCCAGUCAGCUUCACGUAUGAGCCAAAUCUCAGAAAAUGGAGCUAUUAUUCCUAUGGAUUGUCUCAUGCCUAUGGAUCAGGGGGCUACCCAUUUUAUUUCUUCCCCACGCAGAAGCAGUAUAAUUCGACGGUACGGCUGCAGGAACUACAAGAAAGCCGAUGGCUCGAUGAAAAGACAUGGGCUGUGAUCCUGGAGCUGACUACCUUUAAUUCUGACACAAGUUUAUUUUGUACCAUCUCAAUUGUCUUUGAAGCAUCCCCAUUUGGGGUCAUCAACCCAAGCCUUGCCAUCCACUCAUUCAGUCUCCCCCUCAUCUAUAGGGAGAGCUAUUUUGAGCUGUAUCUGUAUGGAGGUGCCCUUAUGUUUAUUGUACUGCUUCUGAUCGAUGAAGCCACCAUCAUCUACUGGGAAAAGGAGAACUACGUCAAGAAUGUGUUCAAUUUCCUUAGCCUUGGCCUCAAGUUAAUGUUCCUCAUGCUUAUUUUGCUUUUCUUUGUCAAAUUCAGGUUGACCAAGGACAUCCUUGGUUUUUACCUUCAGAACCCAGAUGGUUUCACCCCAUUUCAUGUAAUUUCCCUUGUGGAUCAGGGACUGGGCAUCAUUCUAGGCUUCCUGGGCUUCCUGACCAUUCUGAAGACGCUGACAUAUUCGCGAUUCUUCUAUGACAUACGGCUGGCCCAGACAACCAUCCUGGCUGCCUUGCCGGGCAUCUUCCAUAUGGCCCUGCUUGUGGGCGUGUACAUCUUUAUGUACGUGACCUUUGGCCGUCUCGUGUUUGGCCAGCACGAAUGGCACUAUAGCAAUCUCAUCCAUUCCACCCAGACCAUUUUCUCCUACUGUGUUUCAGCCUUCAGGGACACUGCAUUUUUAAAUAAGGAGGUCCUUGGGGGUCUGUUCCUGGCCUCAUUCAUGCUGGUGAUGAUCUGCAUCUUAAUUAACUUGUUCCAGGCUGUGUUUCUGUCCACCUACGAGGAGAUGAAACAGCUUGUAUAUGAGGAGCCAGCAGCAGAAGGAGAGGCAAUAACCUUUCUCUUUCACAAGGUGAGGAAUCUCUGGCGCACUCUCACUUGCCGGAAACCUUUCCGGGAGCAGCCCACCUACUUCAGUGAUAUACUCUACGGCCAUCCAGGGAAUCAAAGCCACCAGCGCUUGGGGCUUAAAAGCAGAAACAUCAAUGGAAAGAGGGUGACAUAUGUGGCAGUAUGAGGGGGAGCCAUUCAGAGUCUGUGCCAGCCCCUUGCAUGAAUGAGCCAGUCCCUUAAGUGCUCUAACAGGUUGGCUGCCCGCUCCCAACACCAGUCCUUGGCCCUGGGUCCCCAGAUCCCUGAACUCAAGUGGGUAGUUUCUGUCAGGGUAAGAGGACAGCUAAGGAUGCUUACAAAUAUGUCACUUGGGAGACAUUAUCUUCCUUGAAACAAAUACCUUAGCCUGGUCCAGCCCCAGGCUGGACUGUGCAGAACUCCCAACAAUUGUCUGUCAAUCCUAGGGAAAGCCACCUUAGCUGGUUCUGUCACUGCCCAUCCCUCUGCAUAUUGCACAAAAGCUGUGGGCCUAGGAUUCUGCCAGCUCUUAUGUCUCUUCAUAUAGGGACAUUUUCCUGCCAAGGCACAAUCAGGAGGGGUCCCCAGAGGCACAGGGCUAGAGCAGGGGCUCCCCAAGGACUCUGGGACCACAGUGGGCUUCCACAAUAGGCUAGGACAAUUAGAUUUCCUCAGUGGGCAGAUGGAUCCAGGGCAAGAGAAAUGGCAAUGGAAGUUUUGAGGCAUUAUGGCCUACUUUUCUAGAAGGCUAAGGGUAUUAGGGGGCUCAAACCAUGUACAGAAUUACUUGGGCAAAUGCUCCACUUUGUUCCUGGCUAAAUUCUCUGUUACAUGUUUUCUAAUUCAAUAAAAAGUAUUUUGAUAGUUUGAUAGGUAUGGCACUGAAUAAGUAAAUUAAUUUAGGUAGAAUUGUCAUUUUUAUUAGCUCAUCCUACCCAUUGAACAAUUAAUGUUUUUCUAAUUAUUUAGACCUAGUUUUAAUUGUGUGAAAAAUGUUUUGUAGUUUUGUUCAUAUAAUUCCUGUGUUUGUCUUGGCAAAUAAAUUCCUAAAUAUUUUAUACUGUCUAGCGUGAAUUUCAAUAAAAUUUUUCUUUCUAACUCA